AGGUGGAGUGGAACUUCGAGAGACACUGAGGUGGUCAGAAAAUGUCUACUGUUAAUUUGGAACACACCACAGAUGCAAAGAACUUCUUAUCAAGGUACAUUUCCAGGUCUUGCUCUGAGACUUGCUCUGAGCUGCAUUCUCCAGUGCAAAAUGAAGGUCGUAGUUUUAAUCGGAGUGUCUUCUGUAAUGGCAACAACAUCCAGCAGUGUUAUUCGUACAUCAGUAGGGAAUUGAAAGCUUUGGGUCUUCUGGCCCCUGAUGAAGAGGACUUCAGGGAGGAUUCCAUGAACGAGCCCUGCUCUGAAUUGAUUACGCUUGCAAACUGUUGUCAUAGCUUGUUGAGUGCUUACCGGGAAAGCAGUGCUAAAGCACAGCAACUUGAAACUGAGCAGUUGAAAAGUCAUAGUGAGCAGGACUUCCUGAAACGGAGCCAGGAAAAACUGAAGGAACAGAUCAAAGUGCUUGAUGGUGAAAUUGCAUCUCAGCAGAUAAAAGAACGCCAGCUGCUGGUGAAAAACAAGAACAUGCAGGUUUUACUGAAAACUGAGAAAGAUGAGGUAACAAAACUACAGACUAUUCUUACAAAUCGUGCAGGGCAGCAUAAUCAUGACAUGAAGCGGAAAGAGGCGGAACUAAACCGAAUGAAGGAAAAGAUGAACCAACUGCUGACUGACAAGAAGGACCGCAAGGCUUGUAUGCAUCUUUUAUCUUGCUGUUCCACACCUUUCACCCCUUGA